UAUGCACUUUCUCGCUGCUCCUCUUACUUUCAAGCCUGGUUGUGCUUUGCAUCUGGAUAUUCACUGUCAAAUCGGACUCCGAUCCAAAUGUCUCUACCAGAGAACCUCCAGCCUGAUGAGGCAAGCCCAUACUGGUUGAACAAAGGUGACAAUGCUUGGCAGCUGACCGCAGCUACCCUGGUGGGCCUCCAAAGCGUUCCAGGACUAGUAAUCCUCUAUGGGAGCAUAGUGAAAAAGAAAUGGGCUGUCAACUCGGCCUUCAUGGCCCUUUACGCCUUUGCUGCCGUCCUUGUUUGUUGGGUCGGAUGGGGCUACCGCAUGGCUUUCGGUGACAAGUUCAUUCAUUUCCUAGGAAUGCCCAACGUUUCCUUGGACGCUCAUUAUCUCCUCGAGCGGGCCUUUCUUGGCUACUUACCAAAUGCAACCAUGAUCUAUUUCCAAUCCGUGUUUGCAGCAAUCACGUUGAUUCUGGUAGCUGGCGCAUUGCUUGGAAGGAUGAAUUUUCUUGCAUGGAUGUUGUUUGUGCCACUCUGGUUGACAUUUUCCUACACUAUUACUGCCUACAGCAUAUGGUGCCCUGAUGGGUGGCUGGCUAAGCAUGGUAUUAUUGAUUAUUCAGGAGGGUUUGUUAUUCAUUUAUCUUCUGGUGUAGCUGGUUUCACUGCAGCCUACUGGGUUGGACCAAGGGCCACCAGGGACAGGGAGAGGUUCCCACCUAACAACAUCCUUCUGAUGCUGGCAGGGGCUGGACUACUUUGGAUGGGAUGGACUGGAUUCAACGGUGGUGAUCCGUACACUGUCAGCACCGAUGCAUCUUUAGCCGUCCUUAACACCCACGUCUGCACUGCUACAAGCUUAUUGACAUGGCUCAUGCUUGACAUUAUUUUCUUUGGAAAACCCUCCGUAAUUGGAGCCACGCAGGGCAUGAUCACUGGUUUAGUUUGUAUCACCCCUGCAGCAGGAGUGGUGCAAGGUUGGGCAGCAAUAUUGAUGGGAAUGAUGUCCGGUAGCAUCCCAUGGUACACAAUGAUGGUCCUGCACAAGAAGAUAUGGCUCCUCAAGCAAGUUGAUGACACCAUGGCGGUGUUCCAUACUCACGCUGUAGCAGGCAGCCUUGGAGGCAUCCUUACCGGCCUGUUUGCGGUGCCUAAGCUAAACCGCCUCUUCUACUUAGUAGAAGAUUGGCAGCACUACAUUGGUCUCUUCUACGGUAUUUAUAACGGCCACACCACAGCGGGGUUCAAGCAGUUGGGUAUUCAAUUGCUAGGAAUCUUAUUUGUAGUGUGCUUCAACAUAUUCAUCACUAGCGCGAUAUGUUUGUUGAUCAGGCUGGUGGUUCCACUGAGAUUAGCUGAGGAUGAAUUGCAAACUGGGGAUGAUGCAAUCCACGGAGAGGAAGCCUAUGCACUGUGGGGAGAUGGGGAGAAAUAUGAAUCCAAGCUGAAUUCUGUUUAUGAAGAGUUCCCACCAGCCACAAAAAGUGGUGAGGUUCAAAUGGCUUGAUUUAAUGGUGCUUAUUAGUGACAUUGUGGGGAAUUGGCUAUGUGGUAGACGGUCUAACAUGGCGCCCAAACGCUUUGUCUGAAUGUUUGUUUCCACUUUCUUACUGUUUUGUUCUUUAUUGUUUUUCUUUUCAAUGAUUAGACUAGCACAAUUUGGGAGGAGCCAGAAAAAGGACCCUUCCUUCCCAUAAACAAGAAGGGAGGAAUUAUAUCUUGAGACUGAUUUGAAGAUGAAUUUGAUGUAAUCAUCUAUUGAAAUAAG